CACAACAAAAAGUGAAAUCAAAUAACAGUUUUUACCAAUUAAAAAACUUGUUUUGCGGACAAGCUACGCAAGCAGCUGAAAACGAUCAGAAGCAUCCAAAACGGGUUUCGUCUCGUCUCCACUCGUCUAAGGGUGAAGCACUAAUCCGGAUCACAUGAUGGCCUCCAGCGGUGGCGCCUGUUCCCAUUUCGCCUUUGUGGCCUGGGCGGUGUUUGCCUUGUUAUUGACGCACGGCGGCGACAAUGUUGUGGACGCCCGGCGUAACCAGGGCAACCAGCGGAAGACCUCCUCCUCGUCCAGCUCCUCCAACUACGGUCACGUGACGCAGCCCAGCUACAACACAAAUGGCCACGCCGCCGGCAACUCUCAUGCAGAUGUCGCCAAACUGAGUUACCCCAACUACAACUCGCAGCCGAAUCGACCAAUGGCCGCGGGAUCAUCAGGGUCCCCAGGCUCCGCCCCUCAACCAGGUUGGAAUGUGCCGCAGGGUCCGCCGCCCGCCUACUCCGCUUCCAACCCCGCCGGAGGAGCACGACCUAACAUGCACGAGCCGCCGCCAGCCUACCAUGCCCCCAACUACGGAGCAGCUCCUCCCAACUAUGGAGCCGCCACCGGAUCGAAUGUCCAUCAGCCGCAGUAUUCGGGAGUGCCAGCUGGAGCCACCUACUACCCGGCUGCAGGACACGGCAAUGGCUAUUCCCCCAAUAUCCCCGCUGGAGCUACGUACUACCCGUCCGCCGGCCAUGUCCCCAUGGGCGGUGGCUAUCACCCAGCUGCUGCUCCGCCCCCGGGGGCCACCUACUACCAGGCGGGAUCUGCUUUGCCGCCCGGAGCUACCUAUUAUUCUGCACCACCACAACAGUCCUCCUCUGGCUUGGGCUUCGGAACUGGACUGCUUGCUGGCGGCUUGGGCGGUGCUCUGCUGGGUCACGCCCUCACGCCCUCGGGUGGCAGUUCCUCCUCGCAGCCGGUUGCCGCAGCUCCAGCUGCUGGUCAGGAUCGCAUAAUCAUCAUUAACAACGGCGUGCCAGUGAAUGCCAGCGAUGGCACCACUGUGAUAAACGCAGCAGGUGUGGCUGCUGCUCCGGGAGCAGUUCCAGUGGCCCCAGUUCCCCCUUCCAACGCGACCCAAGAUGCCCAACAGCCAGCCGUACCCAUGGCACCAAUUCCCGCAAUGCCCUUUAAUCCAGAGACCUCCAACAUGACCGCACCGGACGCAGCUGCACCCCCACCGCCUGGCGGCAUUAUUUGUGUGCCCACAAAGGUAAACGAAACGGAUCCGGCUGACAGCACCAAGAUGAUAGAGGUGGAGAAGAUUGCCUGCUACCCGGCACCCCCGCCACCAGCUGCUUCCGCCGGCGAGGGUCCAGCACCACUGGCGCCCAUGGCCGCUGAUCAACCAGGAUCGCAGCAGGUGCAGCAAGUGCAGCAGGCGCAGGAUGUCGCUCCUCCAAUCCAGGCAUCCGUUCGCUCCCACACCGGCGGAGCUCGGGCCUUGGAAGGAUUGACCAUGCGGAGCCUUCUGCUCGUCCUUAUGAGCGGAAUGGUGGCCAAGUGGCUCGCUGGCUUCUAGAGACCAUGCUUCUGGAACGUUCCACUGUGCACCAACUCAAUUACCCUACUACCUACUGUACCUUCCUCCCCAGCUGUUGUGGCCUUGGCGCGCAUGGUUUAUUUGCGCUGGCCAACAUCUAUAAUUCCAGGCGCUAAUUGGACAAAAACUCUUGAAUUAUGCCGUACCAUCUCCGACUACAGUAUUCGUGCAUAAACAAGCUGGCUUCCCAGUUCGGCUUCCCCAUAAAUAGUCCCCCUUUUCCAAUUUGGCCUUCAAUUGUGAUUGUUAUACUGAUCCCGGACCCAUCCCAGUGUGCUCGAAAUCAAAGCAAACGCUCGAAUAUCUCGGCAACUACAUACAUACAUAUAUAUAUA